AUGCGGGCCGACGUCGAACUUCUGUUUGUUCUUUUUGUUGCCGUUUUUGGCGGCUGCCAAUGUUCUCUUGAAGCGGAAAAAGACCAACAAGUGAGAAUUCAAAAAAAUUACGCUCUAAAUAUGACAACUUGGAGGAGUUGAUAUCCAUUUUCGAAUCUCAAAACGAGAUCGCAACUAAGGAGAAGUUGAUCGAAAAGAUUGGGCCUUUCAUUGACCCGCCUAAUUUCAAGCACCGGAAUUAUUCAGCCCUGACAGCGGAGCUUUAUGUAAGUAUCUUGGAAAGAUGGCGGAAAUCAAUAAAACUUUUAGGAGAUUCAUCGACAGUUCCCUGACCAAACACACGUCUACUCUGCGGGAACAUCGGUUCAGGGUAGAGAACUUUGGGUUCUUGUAGUGUCUAGGUAUCCGAAGGAGCACAAAAAGAACAUUCCUGAGUUCAAAUAUGUCGCCAACAUGCAUGGUAACGAGGUGAGAUUUUUCGAAAAUUAUAAAUAUUCUCUAGCUCAAAUGGAAAUUAAACCCAAAAGCUUCAACCUGCUUUGCUUUUAGUCUAGCGUUCCUCUUAAAACUGUAGAGGUCACAGAUUUUUGAGAAAGUUGCGCAACUUUUUAGGUAACCGGUAGAGUAUUACUAAUCUCAAUGGCUUGGACAUUGCUGAAUAACUACAAAACGAACCUCUGGAUGCACCAGCUGCUGGACAGCACGCGUAUCCAUUUGAUGCCGACUAUGAAUCCUGAUGGGUUCGUUUUUCAAAAACCAUUAAUUUUCAAAGAAAAUCUUCUAGCUAUGAAUAUGCCGAGGAAGGAGAUGACAGUGGAGUUGCUGGGAGGUUGAAUGCAAACGGCAAAGAUUUGAAUCGCAACUUUCCGAGCAGGUAUAUAUUAAGUGAAGUCCAAAAAGUUCACCUAGGUCUCUUUAUAUCAACAAUUUCCGAAAAUACCAGGAUUUGACCUUCUAAUCUUCAAAUAAAUUUAAAGAGAGCUUCUAACCGCAAAGUGAAAUAACCUUCCUUGUCAAUAAUUUUUUUUGAAAUCGAAAAAAACCACGACUUGGAAUUUCACCAAACGACAUUCCGCUGUGCUGCCGCGCCUUUGCGAACUUUGAUCGCGCUUUUAAUUUUUUUUCUUUUUAUUAUGGUACUCUAUUUUUUUCUGUGCUCUCACAGCAAUAACGCUCCAUUGAUAGCGUGAUCUAGAUUACACAAGACGCUUCGCGAACGCGCGCAGCGGAACAGCGGAAUGUCGUAACCGUCAAGUUUCAAGUCGUGGGGCACAGACUAUAGUUAAUGUUUAGCGCACGUCCAAAUAACAAGAAAAACCUCCAAAUCGCAAAACUGAGAAUAAAAUUCAGAUUCCCAAAUUAUUUCCCUUCGAACGAGCUCCAACCUGAAACAGUGGCAAUAAUGAACUGGACGAGGCAAAUCCCAUUUGUUUUAUCUGCAAAUCUCCACGGAGGAACAACCCUAGGUAUUUUCGAUUUUGAGAGUACCGUUCAUCAACAAUUUUUUCAGUAAAUUAUCCAUUUGAUGAUUUUCCUACAAGAGGAAAGCAGAGGAAGUUCGCACCAGCUCCUGACAAUGCCUUGUUUGUACGCUUGGCCUACUCCUACGCUAGAGCUCAUGACAGAAUGUGGAAAGAGGUGAGGAAUUUCGAAAUUCAAUCGGAGAGAUGGGGACUGUUUAGGGUCCCAGAUGCUUAGACAACAACCUGAACGUCGCUGUCGAUCCGCAGCUUGGAAUCAUGAACGGAGCUGAUUGGUUUGUACUUUUAAUAAAGAGUUCCAACAAAAAUCUUUCCAGGUACAUUGUGAAUGGCGGAAUGCAAGAUUGGAAUUACCUACAAACGAACUGUUUCGAAAUCACAGUUGAAAUGAACUGCGUUAAGUUCCCUCUUGAAAAUGAGCUUUGGCCGUUGUGGAAUGAGAAUAAAUACGCACUACUCAACUACAUCAGCCUGAUUCACGGGUAACUAAACCAUAUAAUUCGAGUCUAGUUUGAAUUUAUAUUCAAGGAUAAUUCGAAAAUUGGUGUUGCUCCUUUACGCACCUUUGUUUUUCGAAAAAAUGUAGUCACGAAAUUUUCAGAGCUAUUCAUGGUACGAUCCAAGACUCAGUCACAGGAAAAGGUAUAGUGAAUGCGACUGUCAGUAUCGACCAGAAAUCAAAAAUUGUCGUUAGUUACGGCGAGGGAGAAUUCUGGAGACUCGCAAACAUGGGAAUCUACAAUGUAAGUCGGUGAUAAAAACGAAAAAAAAAAAGUUUUCAGUUGACUUUUGACCACAAUGACUACGUUCCUUACACAACUACAGUUCAAGUGGAUAACUUCAACCGGUCGCCAUUCAUCGAGGUUUCCAAAUUCAUUUUUUUCAACUUCAGUAAAUUGCAGGUGAAACUGCAACGUCUGCACUCUUUGGAGAGUACCACGAAAAGUUCGUUCACAACGACAGAAAAAUCUACAGUUCAUCCAUCCACAAGGAAAAGCGCAGUCCGGCAAACUUUCAAAACUACUGACCAAACCUCUUUUUCUUCUUCCCAAUCUUUAUUUAUAUCUUUUACACUCCUUGCUGGAACAAAGUUUCUAUUUUAGAAUGACCUUCUGACCAAAAAUAAACUCAAAAUCGUUCACUUGUUCUCCAACUUUCUUGCGCUUGACCCGGGGUGUUUUUGCCGGUAUUAACUGCUUUUAAUAACAAAAAUGACAUUCGAUCCGUUUUCUUUUCUCGUAAUAAAACUGAAUUCGAUGAUAACAGGGCAAUGAAAUAUCAACAGAGACUGAAAGCAAUUUGGGAGGAAUUGAGUUCGUGAAAAACGUCUGGGCUAUUAGAUAG